UUUUAUUUGUAUAUGUACACAGUUAAUUUAGACAUGGGAUAGAAAGAGCAGGUAGCUAAAGUCUGUAAAUAAUACAUAAAUAACCUUUACCUUAAUUCCUCUCUCUCUCCCUCGCUCUGGCCUAGUCCCGUUAGUCACUUCACUACCAACCAACUUGUACAGUUGUAACUUAGAAAAAAAAGAGAUUUCGUUCGUUAAACUGUUAAACGCAUUAUUCUGCAUUCAUCCAUCGCAGCGAAAUGUUUAUCAGAGAUACCCGAACCCACUUUUGGCUGGUGUCAUGGCAUGCAUCACAAAUUAACCGUGUUGUGGUGCCACUAACUAACUGACUAUUAACUAUUUCGUCGUAUCUAUUAUCACUACUACCACCACACCAUUACAUUAUCAGCAUCAAACUGUACAACAGUCAGACGUGUAAAACCUUCGUAUCUUGUGCUUCUCAUGACAGGUUCAAUGUGGCUGAUGUUGCUGUUGCAGCAUUAGUUUAGUCAGUUAGCGAUAUAGAUAGCUGGUUGGCAAAAAACUUACCAUUGAAUCGCGUGAUUACGUUAACUGUGAUAAUUUGUGAAUACACACACACAUGGAUCUCGACAACUCGACAGUAUUAAAUAAAUGGGAGAAGAAGAAGGAUAAAUAAAUAAAUAAAUAAAUCAAGCUAAAAACCUACUGUAAUACUCAUAGAAGAAGAGGGGGAAGAAAUCGCUGAGCGAAGACAUCACCCACCACACAACCGACAACAAUAUCAACUUGAUGUAUCAUGUACCAUUAUAUUCUUAAGUACAGUAUAAUUGAACAACUAACCGAUAACAAUAAUAUUAAUGUUGAGAAAAAGGCGGAGUAACACAUUUAUAAAUAUUCUAAACGGCUUGGGGAAUAUUCCAAUACAAUGAAGAAAACUCACACCGGAAGAGUUUCUCUUGUGAAACGAAAGUGUCCUGGUCCUGAGUAAAAAUUUUAAACUAUUAUUUAUUACCAUGUGUGAUCUACUUUAGUAUUGGAAAUAUUGACACGAUAUUGUGGUGGUUUUUCACACUUUCUUCUAUACCAUGCGGAUAAUAAAGGAACAAUUAGUAAGAAAGUGACGACGACGACAAGGAUACUCUUCCAAAAAAAACGGGACACGAUCCUCGGUGCCAAUUUGCUUUGGUGGAUUUUCACCAAAGUCACAUCACUUAAUAAUAAAUACGCAGGAAUAGGCUACUCAUCAUAAUAGAUCCUCAAGCUCCAUGGAAACGAGAGUCGAGGCAGUAGUCAGGAAUUCACUAGGAGUGAACCCAGCAGCGGCUCUACAAUCUUCAAAAAAUUACCUGGCACCGAUUAGUAUAUAAAAUUAUCGAGUUUUUAAAAUUACUUAGCAAACAAUUUCAAAAUGGGAAAACCUGGACCCAUUUUAAGAGAAAUUUUCAAAGUCGGAGAGCGACCUUUCUCCGUCUUUUUAUUUCAACACCAGCUAGCUUGGUGUCCCCAAAAAAAGGGUGGCGAGGACAUGUCAGAAUGGAUCAAUGUGAAGCUAAAGGACAUUCUCAGUGCGGAAAUAGUACACAAAAUGGGUCCUCUCAAGGGCGAAUCAAACUGUUGUUUCCCCUACUCACCGACCAAGAAGGGGAUUUCUUAUCCGUUUCAAGUUUUGCAAAUCGCGUAUGCUCAAAUGACAAAUAAGGAUUCGGAAAAGUGGACGGAUGUCAGACUAGAAUUGAAGCAUAAUGACUUUACCAUUCUCACGAAAUGGGCUCAAACAAUCCAAUAUUUUUUAGCUGAAUUCGAUAGACCCAAAAAUUUGCUGUUCUUUGUCAACCCGUUCGGCGGGCGAGGAAAUGCUGUGAGCAUUUUCAACUCUCUAAUGCAACCCAUCCUGCAGCUAUGUCAAGUCAAAUCAACUGUGAUUCAAACCAAGCGACAAAACCAUGUGUCCGACGUAUUGAGGGCGAUGAGUGACGAUGAACUGAUGUCGUACGAUGCAGUCGUGGCUGUCGGUGGAGACGGGACGAUUUGUGAAGUGGUCAAUGGGCUGUUAACUAGAAGACUGAACAACUUGACAGAUUCAGACUUCACACCAGCUCCAAUUCCUGUCGCCGUAAUUUCAGCCGGAUCCACGAAUGCUGUUGCAUACACUCUCCAUGGGACUGAUGAUCCGCGCACCGCAAUAAUCCAUAUUGUUCUCGGGAGUCCAGUACCUCUGGAUGUGGCCUCAGUGCACAAUGACUCUGGGCUGCUAAGAUUUAUCGUGGGACAAAUGUCCUAUGGGUAUCUAGCGGAUUUGAUGUUACGAUCAGAAAACUUGCGUUGGAUGGGACCCCAGAGAUACAAAUACGCCGGUUUCCGAGAAUUUCUCAACCACUCUACUUACGAGGGAAGCAUCGACAUCAGACCCGCAAGUGAGGAAUGUCGCAAGAUUCCGUCACAAUGCAGCGGCGAUAAAGGCUGCGAGGACUGUAUUUCUCUUGACAGUAUGUCAUCAACUUCUCAACAAUGGAAGCGAAUCGAAGGAAACUUUGUCGGUGUUUCGGCUGCAAAUAUAAGUUUACGCAACCCCAUGACCCCACUUGGGAUUGCACCAUUUGCUCAUUUUGCUGACGGAUGCAUGGAGCUCAUAUUGAUUCGAAAAACCUCAAGACUUGGCCAUCUACGUUAUUUGCACCGGACGACGGGAGACAGCAGAAGAACGUUCGCAUUACCAUUCGUGGAACGCUACCGUGUCCGAGAGUUCGUAUUUACUCCCAUGCAAUGUAACACCAAACACCUGCAGCAGCACAUUACACUCGACGACGUUCCUCCUCGACAACCGGCAUCCUGCAAAUGUGACUUUGGACAGGAGAAGACGCACAGCUUUUGGAACUGUGACGGUGAACUAUUGUUCCAACCCUCAGUCCGUGUCUGCGCCCAUUCUAACCUAAUUCAAGUCUUAUCACGGAAUCACAAAGAUCGCGAGCGGACUAGGUCACCAAGUUCGGGGGACGGAAAUGACUACUCUCAGUGUGCCACCGUUUCCUCCUCUUUGUCAUUUACGCAAAGUCCGAGUGCUGCAACGGAUGAAGAAAUUGACGCGUCAGUCAUUAUGUUACAAGAUGAUGAGUCAAACAACACGUCGUUGAACGACGUACGGUUCUGAGUAGUUGUGUGUAGAUGAAAAUUACUUACCAUAGUAUCAUGAUCAAAAUUUUUAAUGAAGUUUUUUUAAAUGUGCAAUGAUGGAUGUGGAGAGAAACUUGAAUAUUUAUACUACUAUUAUUACCCUAUUAUGUAAUACCCUUCCAGUGUCAUUAGUGGGUCCACGAUCUAACAUGCCAAGUAUACAACACACGAGAACAACAAACAUUCUAUUCUACAUUCCGAAAUCAAAUUGCUCACAACAAUCCAUCUCAAUAUAAACAAACCUCAAUAUUAUGUGCAUACCUGAGAAACAAUGUUAUAUGCAUAUAAUUCAUAGAAAUAUAUUUAUAUUAUCCCAAAAGUCAUUUGUGUAAAGUGUUUUAUUAAUGAAUUUUAGAACUGCAAGACGACAUUCAUUGAAUGAAUUUAAAUAUAUAGUUAUAAAACUAAAGCUACAGAGCUACACAACAGACAAUUAAUUAAAGCAAAUUAUAUAAAUAAAUUGUUGUAUGAUCGACCAUACUACUUUUAUCAAAUUCUAUGAAAAGUUAUCAAUAAAUAAUUGAUACAUUAA